GUAAUUUCAAACGUGUGCGAGCCGAGGAUCGAAACAACCUCGGAUUAUUUAUAGCCAGCGACAAGUCAGUGAGCGACUUUGCCUGUCGAUAUAUUCAUCUUAUUAAAUAUAGUCUACGAGCGCCUCCAAUAAAUCAAAAAUAAACUCCCCCGUAUAUGUAACGUUAGGAAUAAUGAAAACGGCUGUAUAGGCUGAAGGCAUCGUGUUGUUUUCAAUGAGUUCUCACAUCGUCACCCCAGGUCCAUACAGGGCUACUAAACUGUGGAAUGAAGUGACCAAGCUUUUCCGGGCAGGGAUGCCUUUGAAGAAGCACCGGCAGCACUUGAGGGUUUACUCGAGCUGCUUCACCGCAUCAGCAGCUGUGGACUGGUUGCAUGAACUCUUGAAGAACAACAGCAAUUUUGGACCUGAGGUCACUCGACAGCAGACAAUCCAGCUGCUGAAAAAGUUUUUGAAGAACCAUGUUAUUGAGGAUGUGAAGGGUAGAUGGGGCAUGGAAGACCUGGAGGACAACAGCCAGCUUUACAGGUUUCCAUCUACAUCUCCACUGAAGCCUAUUCCUAACCGUGCCCCUGUUUUAAGGAAAAAGAGCAUGUCUAUGAUGGACAGGGAGAGUUUCUUCAAAUUCAGAGGGUCUAAGAAAUUUGACAAAGAAAUAUUGGAAAAUGUGGAUCCAGAAAGUCAAGAAUCUCAAAUGGAGUCAUCUUCAGGUGAUACUGAACGCUGCAGGGAGCUCACAGAGGAGGACAUUCAAGUGAUCUGGAAGAAUGUGACUCUAACACAUUUGCAGAAGUUGGUGGGAUCAGGGUCUCUUGAAGAUGUUUUGGAUCCAGCCCAAGUCAAUCCUCAGUUCAUUAUCGAUAACAUGACCAAAGUCAAUAAACAUGGAGUCGUUUCAUUGGAAGAUAAGACAGAAGAUUUACCGCACUGGGUUUUGUCUGCCAUGAAGUGUCUUGCAAAUUGGCCAAAGUAUGACUCAAACCAGUCAUCUUACCCAGGAUUUGAGCGGGAUGUGUUUAAAACAGUUUCUGGCUACUUCUCCGGUCUUUCUCAGCCAUUGCUUACUUUUCAGUACUAUGAACUCUUUGUCAACAUCCUAGGUUUAUUGCAGCCUUCAUUGGAGCGAGUGGCCAUCGAGGCCCUGCAGCUCUGCACGUUACUCCUGCCGCCUGCCAGUCGCCGCAAACUACAGCUACUCUUGCGAAUGAUCUCGCGCAUGAGCCAGAAUGUGGACAUGCCGCGGCUGCAUGACAUCAUUGGAACGCGGACUCUGUUGGUGCAAACGUUCUCUAGGUGUGUCUUAAGUUGUGAGGAGGUGGGUGACCUGGACGAGCUCUUGGCUACAAGGCUGUUAUCGUUUCUCAUGGAUCACCAUCAGGAAGUCCUGCAGGUGCCUGUGUACCUGCGCAAUGCUGUGGAAGAUCAUAUCAACUAUCUCAAAUCACUGGUGAGCCCUGGUGUUGCCAUGCCGACAUACUCAUUCUGCAGGCAGAUCAGCACUCAGGAGUUUGAAGAGCAGAAACUGUCCGUGUCCCAAGCUGCUCUUGCUGACCUCCUGGAAAAUCUUAUAAAGGACAAGACCAUGUCUGUAAAAGAGAAGAAAAAGAAGCUAAAACUGUUUCAGAAGGAAUAUCCUGACAUCUACUUGAGACGUUUUCCCACAACAGAGAGUGAAGCUCAGCUUUUUGCAGAUAAACCAAAGAUAAAACCUCCAAUGCUGUUAAGCCUCAAGAAACCAAAAACCUUAAGUAUUCGAAACUGAGUACCUCAUGAAUGAAUGAUAUUUUGGGAGACUGAGUUUAAAGACCUUUACCUGAUCUUUUAACAUUGGAUCGCAUCAGUAUAACCUGAACUGUAACUUCAAUUGAAGUGUUGUUUUUAUGUUUCUUGUGGUAUUUCUCUCCCGUGAAGUGACUUUUAAUGGUCUUUUCCCCCAGUUUUAAUACAGAUGUGAGUUUUAAUGUUAUUUAUUUAAGGUGUGUGAUUUGUUGUAAGUUAUUGGGAGCUUUCAGUCAUUCGUAUUGUAGUAGUAAGUACAAAACUCAGAGGACCCACAGCAAAUAAACAUACUGUUUACACAGAGUCUCCUUUAAACAAAAUGAAGAUUUUUAACAUUGUUUAUGUUUCAGUUUUGUCUCUUGUUUUUCUAUUAUCACCUUUUGUGUGUCUGCAGGUGUUUUCAAUAUUCAGGUUGCACAGAAUAUGUUUACUCAGACUUCUAAAGACUAACAACUAUUUUCUGUGUGAUGUGGGAGUUCCUGGCUAUUGAGCUAGUGUGGGCUAAUUUGCACUGUUUUUCAUCUCAAAAUUGGCUAGCAUGUUAUUUCUUUGAUUUUCCCUUUAGUCUAUAAUGUACUCAUUUGUUAAUUUUGUCUUUUAUCGGUGUGAAUGGAUCAUCUUACACUCAUGUCACUGUACUCAGUUUCAGUUGCUUGUGUAUUAAGAAUGAAAGCCUAAAUUUGGAUAGAGAUUGAUUUAUCUGUGUCACAGUUUGUAUUGAGUUAAUGGGCAUAAGUGAAACAAAUCCAUUGCGUUUUAUGUUAUUGCUUUAUUCUAUCACCCUAAAUACUUUUGUAAUACUGUUCCUGAUCUAUGCAAUAAAGGUUUAAACUAA